CUUGUAUUAAUGACCAGCUUACCCACAUCUUUUUGCCGGCUAAGCAAAGAGUUCAAGACUUGCAGUAAGCCAUUUAACUGUGGAAACAUAACAAAUUUAAGCUAUCCUUUUUAUGGUUUAGAUAGACCACAAUAUUGUGGACACCCUAAGUUUGAGCUUUUUGGUUGCAAUCAAAACUCCCAGCCAAUUACCAUGAUAAUGUUGUCGCAAACUUUUAUGGUUUUGGGCAUCAACUCGACGUCUUCCGCCAUGAAUGUAGCUAGGGAAGAUUUUAGAACCAGGUCCGGGUGCCCUGCCUCCCUAGUUAACAUCACAAUUGAUUUCUCCAUAUUUCAAUAUACACCUCUUGAUACAAACCUCACCUUGUUUUACGGUAAUUGUUCCUCAGUGUGUAAUCUUACGACGUUCAAAGUAUUCCCUUCUUGUCCUAUGAGUCCUUCGGAGACUUUACCAAUUUGUCUCUUGACUAAAAAGUCGAUGUUGAAAAGUUAUAUCUCAACAGCUUCAUGUCCAAACCAUCUUUUCCUACCAAUCCACUUGUCGGACAAUUUGAUCAUGGAUAGGGUGGGAGAUUACAUACCUCAAGCUGCUUGGAAUGGUACGGAGCUCAAAUGGAGCGCGAAUAAUGGUUUGUGUGAAGCAUGUCUUAGAUCAGGAGGGCAGUGUGGGCAUGAGCCACAUUCAAAUAAGUUCUUCUGCUUCUGCACUGAUGAAUCCAAGUGCCCUUUCCCAGGAGAUCCUCCACACAAGGUCACUCUAACAAAGGCAAAGAUUGUGCUACUAGCUUCUUUUUCAGCUGUUGGAAUUGGAAUUUUAAUUGUUUUAGUCAUCUAUCUAAGAAGAUGUGCAUUAAAGGAGGAAGAUUCUCAGCAGAGAAGGAAGACAGAUGUUGAGGCUUUCUUGAGGAAUCAUGGGACUGUUGCCCUACAAAGACACACGUACUCUGAUCUGAAGAAAAUAACCAAUACCUUCAGAGAUAAACUAGGCAAAGGAGGUUAUGGUGUUGUCUACAAAGGAAAGAUUCCAAACACCGAGUGUCUCGUGGCAGUAAAGAUAUUGAAAAAUUCACAAGGAAGUGCAGAGGAUUUCAUCAAUGAGGUUGCAAGUAUCGGAAAGACAAACCAUGUUAACGUUGUCACACUGUUGGGUUUUUGCUAUGAGGGUCGAAGAAGAGCUCUUGUCUAUGACUUUAUGCCUAAUGGGUCACUUGAAAAGUACAUGUAUGGAAGAAAUAACCAAUAUUCGUUACCAUGGGAUAAAUUAUUUCAAAUCGCAGUUGGGAUUGCAAGAGGGUUGGAGUACUUGCAUCGCGGUUGUAACACAAGAAUCCUCCACUUUGACAUUAAGCCACAUAAUAUCCUCCUAGACGAAAAUUUCUGUCCAAAGAUUUCUGAUUUCAGCCUUGCUAAGUUAUGCCCACAAAAGGAGAGCAUCAUGUCAAUAUCUGCACCUAGAGGAACUGUGGGAUAUAUUGCUCCUGAGGUAUACCUCAGAAGUUUUGGCGGUGUUUCCUACAAGUCAGAUGUUUAUAGCUAUGGGAUGUUGGUUCUUGAAAUGGUUGGGUGUAGAAGAAAAGCCGAGACUGAAAGUGAUGAACAUAGUAGCGAACAAUAUUUUCCUCAAUGGAUAUACGAACAACUCGAAGCAGGGGAAGCAGUUGAUGAGCAACAGAUGUUGAGUUCUGAUGAGAUGGAGAUCCAGAAGAAAUUGAUUUUAGUGAGUUUAUGGUGUGUGAAAACCAACCCAUCGAGUCGGCCAGAGAUGAGUAAAGUGGUGUAAAUGUUAGAAGGAACCAUUGAAUCACUACAAGUUCCUUGCAUCUCUUCGCUUGCUCCCUCUUCCUCCACGCUCACUAGAUCUUUAAGGUUACAGUCACAAACUUCAUCAGAUUAAUAAAAUCUGACACCUGCACUAUAGUUAAAGCAACCAAAAAAAAGGGGCAUUCUUGUCAUACUCAUGUAAUUAGACCAACUUUGGUCAAUGCCUUUAGCUUAACAGCAUUAUGCAAACCUCAGUUUCAGAUUAUUUGCAACAAUUUAGCAUAAAGUAUGAUUAGAAAAUACUUCGUAUCUAAUUGUUACAAAUAAUUUGAAACGGAGGUAGUACUUUGUUAGUUUGUUUCUAAUUCCCGAUCCGUGUGGCUUUUUAUAAAAGUAAAGAAUCUAGCAUUACAAGUUACAACCUUAAUGACAGUACUUGAGCCCGUAACAAUUUCUUAAAAAAAAAAAAGAGGCUGUACUCUGCAAGGGUAAGUGAAGAUUGAAGUACAAACGAUAGUAGUUGGAGAGCUUAUCAUAAACUACUAGAAAAU